AUUACGAGAUGAUUCAAAUUAUUUAAUGAAUAAUAUAUAUUUAUUAAAAUCAUGAGGAUAGCUUUAAUUCUAGUGACUCUCGUGUUCGAGAUAAAUUUAUAUUUUACAGAAAGCAAAGCAAUGCAGCAGCAACAGCAGCAACAGCAACAACAGAAGAAGACAAAUGGUGAUAAUGCUCUUGUCUCGGCAAAUGAGAAUAAUAAACCCGCUGAACAAGUAGUUGGAGCUCAAGCACGUGAAAUAGUCGCACAGAAAGGUGGAACUGCAACAUUACCGUGUAAAUUUAGUGAACCUGGGGCGGGGAUUGUGACGUGGGUAAGAAGGAGAGAUAGACAAUUGCUGACUGUAGGAACGGCAACACAUUCUGUGGAUACCAGAUUUAUGAUUAGAGUAUCUAGCGCUGACUGGGCACUUGUUAUUCGUCAUGUAACACUCGAUGAUGCGGGUCUUUACGAGUGUCAGAUUGCAACGUAUCCAGUAGAGCAACACUUUGUACGUCUGGCGGUAACAGAAGCCUACUCGGUGAUCCCGGGCGGUCCGGAUCUCCAUGUUAAACAGGGCUCGAGUUUGAAACUAGAGUGCCAGCUGAUGGCAGCCACCGAGCCACCCAAUUUCGUAUUUUGGUAUCUGCAAGGCCGAAUGAUUAAUUACGAUGCGGAUCCUUUGGUUAAAGUUGAGCUAACUAAAAAUGGAUCUAUUCUCAAGGUUGAUAAAAUAAAAACGACUCACGGUGGAAAUUAUACCUGUUUACCCAGCAAUGCUGAAGCAUCUUCCGUAAAUAUUCACGUUAUAGAAGAAGAAGAAAAACCAGCUGCCAUGCACGGUGGUGACAGACGGAACCCAAGCCCAGUGAUACUUGCAAGUAACUUUCUGGCUUGGUUGUUGGCCGCCGUCAGCUGGAGGAUACCAACAUUCUCCAGUCUCUAUCCAACGUGAACUUACACGCCACUAGUUACUUUUCUAUUAUCAUUAUUAUUUUUAUUAUUAUUAUUAUUAUUACAACCAUUAUACGAUAAACUGUAAAUUUAUGUGCAUGCGUGCCGAGUGUUAUUGUUAUUUCUUACAAUUACCGGGUUAUUUUUAAUUCAGUCACACCUUGAUUUAUUUUUAUUAUUUAUAAGUUGUUGACUUAGCCGUGCGCUAAUUGCUUAUAAAUUUAAUCACUUUAAAUAUGUGAGAGUGUUAACUAUACCGAAAAUAAAAAAAAAAAAAAAAAAAAAAAAAAAAAAA